AUGGAAUAUAGAUUUACCGAAUUAGCAUUUCCUAAGAUAUUUGUGUCAUCUGCAAUGCUAGAAAUCCCUGACCCUGAGGUCUUUAAGGUGAAAGGACUCUCUAAACAUGUCAGAAAUGAAUAUAUCAUAGGAGCUAAGGAGAGAUUAGAGUCACGUCUAUUCAAGGAAGCUAAAGAGAAAACACUAAAGGAAACUGAAGAAAAGGCUAGGCUGGAAGCUGAAGAGCAGGCAAGAAAGGAGGUUGAGGAAAAAGCUAGCGUUGAGGCUACUGCCGCAGAAGCUAAAGCUGACGCUAAAAAAGAAAAACACAUUGUUGCAGAGGACGUUGCAAAGUCUACUGAAGUUGCUCUGACUCGAGGUGAGUCAUCGACAUCUGACAUUUCUCUGUUGGUGCUCCAGAAACUGGAAGAACUUCAGAAGGAACAACAACUUGUGAGAGACAGACUUGACAAACAAGAUUCAGUCAAUUCCAGCAUCCAGAAUCUUCUCACCCAAUUACUUCAGAGGAUGCCUCCUCCUCCAAACCCUUAG